AUGUACGAGGAUGAAUUCAAACUUGAAACUUUUUACAGCAAUUAUCUCAACGAACCGGUCUCUAGCACCAAUGAGUCUAAACUUAAGGACAAGCUAGUAGGACCCGGAUAUAUAGUUCGUAUUUUAGGCAUCGUUUACAUUGCAGAUGUCUCGCUCAGAUGCUGGGUUCCUCUUUGGAGUUUAGCGGGCAUGAAACUUAUAGGUAACAUAGUGGCGAGUUCUGUGCCGUCUACCUACGAAAGGGCAGCGGCUCCUUAUCUGGGCAUUAUAAACUAUGUAGCAAGCACAGUCGAGCUUAUGAGGUCGAUGAGCAUUUGCGUAGGCAUCCAACGGUACGAAGUAGAACUUAUAACGAAUAUCAAAAUGAAAGAAAAGAAAAAAAAGGUUACUCACAGGAAAGGAAUCAAGAGAAGUAAAGAUAGUAGUUCACCGAACGCGGAUAAACGCAUACGUUUUAUAAAUGAGUUGUACCAAGAUCUUUGCAUACUCCCUUCGAUGAACACGAAUAGAAAAUGUUCUGCUUUUUUCGAAGCAGCAAUCACUAGAUAUUGGGCGUUUGCAAGUCUAAAGGACAUGAAAGAAACUAUGAGUGAAGAUUGGCUCGAUAAUCAGAAGAAGUGGAUGAAAAGAGAAUAUAAGAGAUACUUAGUCAACGGAAACUCCGAAUUUGAUAACACCGAAUACAACAAUUACGAAAAAAGGCCUAAGGAGAACACAAUAAAAGUCAAGUUCGAUAUAUGUAAGCAGGCAUUUAGGAGUGUAGUACAUGGAUCAGUCAAUGGACUUAUGUCUAACUUGGUGACACAACCAAUUUCAUCUAAGUUGUUGUUCAAGAAAACAGAGAUUUUAAGUUUAGGGGUUCUAGAAAGAGCUAUGCUCACUGCCUUAGACCCUCUCUCCCUCAGAUGUUUAAUGUGGUACCUGGGAAAUUCUAUUUUGGACUGGAAAACAAAUAAUAGGAUAGUCUACGUUUACGGUACCGCAGGUACAGAGAAGAGUACAAUUAUAACGAACAUUCUGGAAGCUUUCAGAGGUUGUUCCCAUCCUCUAAGUACAGAUUACGUAGGUACUCGCAAGAAGAUAACCAAUGAGGAUCUCAUGGCUAUGGCAAGUAACAGAAUAGUAGUUUACGGCGAUGUUACCGUAGAGGAUGGUCAGAUAAACGAGUCGUUCUGGAAGACUUCCGUUGGAGGAGACGCAGUAUCGGUAGAUAACAACAAUAUCACCAUAGACAGCACAGUGAUCCUGGCGAGUAACUCUCUGUGGGAUUGUAACAAGCAAACUAAGAGUAUGUGGUUCACACGACGUACAUGUGUUAUCAAGGCUUCUCGUAAUUUACUAGGAAGAGAGAUUAUGUCUCCUGAUAUACAUGAGAAAGAUCCUGCAAGCAUUACAAGAGGUACUACAUUCAAACUUGAUCUCAGUCCAGAAGAAGCUCUUGUCGCAACUAGAAUUUUAAUGCUUAACGCAGACGUUGAUCUGGUGUUCGGUUCGAAUGUUUUGAAAGUCAGCAUUCCUCGAACUAGCAACAGCGUAGGUGGCUUCUUCCUCCUAGAAAACACCAGAUUUAUAGCGGGAAUAGAAACGAACGACAACGGAGACGAACUUUCUUUGGAAUUCGACUUCGACCUAUCCUCUUCCGACUCACGUAUGAACGAGUAUACUUUGGAGAAGGGAACCGUACUAGCGAUCUCGCUCGAGAGGUGUAUCGCAGAUGGUACUUUCGCAGGACGCAUGAACGACAUCAACGUAAGUGUAGAAUGUAAAACUUCCUCUGUUGAGUACUUCAGUUUGAUAUGCGAGGAAAACCUAGAACUGGACAGCAACACUCCCAGGGUCUUCGACAUCUCGAAUGUUAAGGGCAUGGUAGAAGACAGCAGAGUAUGUAUGCCUUUGAAAAUUGAAGCAAGCUAUGCUCAAGAAAAAUUUAUAACAGUAAGUCAUACGCAAGCUAGUGGUAUCGUGUCUGUUACGAGUGACGCAGGCGAGUUCUCAAAUAUGGCCAAGAAACGUGCUGGUAAGUUGGGUGACAAUACAUCGUCGGUACAGACGAAUCCCACUCGAAUAUAUAAGAAGAAGAUAGUUGACGAGAGUGACAUUAAGGACUUGAGUGAAAAAACAACGGUGUACAAAGCUGAAAGUGACAAGCCUAAGUCCGAAGAAAGAGAAAGUGAGCUCAUGACUUCUACUCAACCUUCUAUUACUCCCACUAAAUCGGAGGAAGAAACCCAAGCUCUUCUAAAGAAUUCUAAUGCUGAGUUUCUCCUUGCCGAUGAAACGCAAGAUCCCGAGGUAGACGGUACGAAAACACCCACGUCGGACGAGAAGAGCGAGAGACAUACCCAAGAAGGUGAUGACGAGAAGAACGAUGAUGAUGUUGGCACCAGCAAUUCAGUUGGAGGUAUCGAAGAGAAGGCUGGUAAGAAGAAAGAGCGUGGAAUCAGAGUUGCAGGUGGUGAACGUGACGAUAGCGACUCUGACGAUGAUGAUCUCGAGGGCGUUGGGGGAGAAAAUGAAAAUGAUCGUGACUACGAGUCCAAGUUGUAUCCCAAGGACACCGGAGAUUUCAUCAUUGCAUGUGAUGACGCUUUGUACUCGUGGAAGAAGGAGACCAUCGAUCACGAUUUGCUGAGAAAUACUCUAGUGGAAGUCGUUGUUCCAAGUUACGACCACUUGUACGAAGCAUCAAUUAGCGGAGAGACCAGUGUUCUGACUAAGAAGACGAGGACCCUUAUCAAGUACAUACUGAAGUUCCACGAGAAGCAUGAUAGUCUGACACGCGAAGAGAAGUCCAAGCUUACGAAAAUGGCGAAACAAUUGAAGACAAUCCAAGAGGGUGGCAGCGUAGGAGAACGUAUCCGAUUCGAUGGUGUGAACGCAGGAGGAGAAGAGAGGAAGAAAAAGAAAAGAAAGUCGUCGAAAAAGCCAGACGAGAGGCUGUCAGACAAACCAGCAAAGAGACCUUCUAGGAAGUCCGAAGAGACGGAUGAUGACGAAAAGAAGAGACGUGUGAAGACUGAGAAGCGAAGUGUCGAGAAGAAGAGGGAAGUCGAGAAGGAGACGUCCAAAAAGAAAAAUAAAAGGACUCCUCAAGAAAAGCUGGUUCAAAGCUUCGAUAUUUGGAGCAAACUUACAGGAAGCGGUAAAGUUGGGUCCGACAAGAUCAAGAAAGUUGUAGCAAAGAACAAGGACCAUCACAAGAUCACGUUGGAGAAUCGCACAGUGAUUGACUGCUUUCUACUCAAAGGCAAAGAGAACUCUCUGUCUAUUCCGACGCUUACUGACCCUUACUACAACUGGACUAACGGAACCGGUCAGAUUACGCUUUAUCCGGGAGAUCCCUUCCUUUUCGCAAGACCUGACAACAAAGGUCCACCUACGCCUAUGUCUACGGCUCUUGUCUUGGCUAAAAAUGUUAGGACGGGUCACGUAGUCGUCUCCGAAGACAUUCCUUUCUACCACGCGCUAGUAGAUCCUUUGCACAAUAGCGAGGGUGAGAAGCGGUCCAAGCAGGGGUACGGAAAUGGCGGCAAGCUGAAGUAUGGCGUUCAUUACCUCGCUUUUAGGAUUCCUGAUGAAGACGUGGAAUCAAUGAUUAGUCCUCUCUUGGACUAUGUAAAGACAUGUUACAACAUGAAACCCAACGAGUGGAGGAAGUAUACUUCGAUCAGUACAUCCAACCUGCCCUCUGGAAAAGAGGAAGUCAUCAACGACAUCAAGGGCAAGUGGUAUGACGUGAAACUCCCUGUCAUAAAAGGCAAUCCGGUCUACGCUCGCAUGAACGAACUCUUCCGCGUGGUAGGACAGAGCUCGAAGGGGAAGGAGGUCCAGCGCAAGAUCGGUGUCAAUGAUGUUUACAAGAUCAUUCCUAACGUCAGCAAGUCUCAGGCUUUUUCCAUUCAACUGCGCAUGGGCAUGAAGAUUAGCACAGGAGGGCCUACGCUCCGCUGCAAUUUCAACUUCGGGUCGCUGGAUCGUAACUGCCGCGGUAUAGUCUUUGAUUUUAUGGACACUGGAUUGAUGUCGUUUCCUACCAAUUACGGCGAGCAUAACGCGAAUUCUGGUACCAAGAAGACUACUGUGGUUCUUAAGCAGCUCUCUAGCAAGAAGCGUAAAGACAAGAACAAGAAAAAGAGUAAGUCCAAAAAGAAAAAGGACGACUCCGACUCAGAGGAGGAUUCUGAUUCUGACAGCGAAGACUCGGAAAGCGAGAAUGAAAGUGAUGACGAUAGUGAGUCGGAUGAUAAUGAAUCCAGCGAUGAGGAGAGCUCCGGAUCAGAGGACGAAAGCAGUGAAGAAGAUAGCGAUGACGAUGGUUCGGACAACGCAGAUGAGGACGGUGAAAGCGAUAGCGAAGAGAGUAGCGGAGAUGACGGCGACGAAUCCGAUGAAGACUAG